CUCAUCACAACAUUUAUUUCAUACGUUGCUUCUCAGCGAAGAAGCUUGCCACGCAACGAGUACAAGGUAGACAAGAAUUAUAUAUAAACAUAUACGCUAACAAUUACGUACUAAAUUUUACUAUGUACUGCUAAUGAUUGGAACUAUUUAACGUCAAAUUUGUUAACCGAGGAAAAGGAAUAUAUACAAUAAAUAUAUAUAUGUAUAUUAUAUAUAUUUGAAAAAACACCAAUCGUAAUAUAUGUUCUACAUACAUGCAUGUCUGAGCGUAUGUUUACAAGUGAAAACAGAUAAUUUCUCAUAGAUAGGAUUUGAUAUCUAUCUAUAUGGAAAUUUUGACAACUUUAUUUUUUUAUUGGUGAUUAUUUAAACUAUGAAGCUAAUGGAAGGCGAAUGCAUUUAUACUCCGGCCAGACCUAGCGGUCAGUUUCCGACACCUAAUCGCAGAAUGCCACAAACUGUUAUUAAUACGGGCUCUAGCAGCGGGACCCGCAUUGCUGCUCAAAUUUUGGAUCCUCGCCGUUUGUUAAAGGCUCGCCGAAAACUUUUCGAUGGUGAUUCUGAACCAUCAUCGGAACUGAAUAAUCCAUUUGGAAAGACGGCGGCGGCAGCGGCAGCUACAGAGAAGUCCGAAAUCUGCCAACGAUUAUUAGAAGAAUGCCAAAACAAAUGGAACUUCGAUUUGGUUAAUUGUGUACCACUGGAAGGUCGUUACGAAUGGGAAAAAAUGGAACCAGAAAAUGUACCAGGAUUCUACUCGAGACCUUACACCAACCCCAAACGUCCUGUCCCAAACGUCCGAGAAAGUUAUUCUCCAAAUAUGGUUGCCAAUGGAAGUUACAGCAGAAUACGAUUCAGGGAAGACAGCCAGUCUAACGAAAGUACUUCUAGCUGCCCUCCUGGUAUGGAUGUUACAGUGCUUACUAAACUGAACAGCGGUAAUAACGACAAUAACAACAGAAACAACAACAUAGCUACCAACAACACUAAAGGUUGUGAUCCCAAUGAUAUUUAUAAUGUCCCUACUGCCUCUAUCUCAACUUCUACUACGACUUGUGAACUGGAAAAUACCAACGGUAAACAACAGGAUAUUACUGACGUGUGUAAUGACAACCUAACACACAGCAGUACUUACUCUUGUAGUAAUCGUAGUAGCAGUAGUACUAGUAGUAGUAUUAGUAGUAGUAAUAAUAAUAAUAUGGGUAGUAGUAUAUUGUCUACGACAAACCGACAGAGAGGUAAGUCACCUCUGUGUUUUUCAGCUUCUGUGAAAAACGUAAACACUAGUAACCUACAUGGAUCUCACGAACAAGACAGUAAUAAUGAUGAUAAUAUUAACAACAACAACAACAACAACAAUAAUAAUGUUUUCUCUGGAAAGUCUGACACUUGUGAUACACUAACCAAUAGACUCAGCGAACAGCUGGACAAUAAGCAAUGUUCGAAUUUAACGGCAAUCGAUAAGGCCACCAUUUCAUUACCGUCAUUAUCAUCGUCAUCAUCAUCAUCGUCCCCUUCCUACUCUUCAUCAGCACCAUCAUCACCAUCAUCUUUAUCACCACCAUCCUCAUCACCACUAUCCUCGUAUUCUUCUUCUACAUUACCUGUAUCAUCAUCAUCAUCAUCGACAACAACAAAAUCCUACUCUAUGGAAACACUUAAUGAGACGAAAACGUUGCCAAAACAAACCAAGAUAGUCGAUUUUAUGCCACACAGAAAGCGAACGCUAUCUUAUUGCCACACUGGAAACAGAGAAAAAAAAUUAAGGAAAGAAUAAAAA